CCCGGAACAGGGAGCCCGAAGCUUGCAGGCGGUGGCGGGGACCUCGGCCGCAGCUAGAGUUCCGUCCGGCCCCAGGCGCGGCCAGCGGCAGAGCCAACACCAUUCUCUGGGGACCAUUCACAAGCAAGAGACACCAGCACAGUGACACAUGCCGGUGCCACCGCCGCCACCACCUCCUCCUCUGCCUCCACCUCCUCCACCUCUGGGGGCUCCUCCCCCUCCCCCACCAUCAGCACCCCCGUUAAGUACAGAUGCUUCCAGCUUGCGGAAGGCAGAUCCCAAAGGUCGGAGUGCACUGUUGGCUGAUAUCCAGCAAGGAACUCGCCUACGGAAAGUCACACAGAUCAAUGACCGCAGUGCCCCGCAGAUCGAGAGUUCUAAAAGCACCAACAAAGAAGGAGGAGGUUCUGCAAACUCUCAAGGAGGGAGCACCCCCCCAGCCCUGGGAGGUCUUUUUGCUGGUGGCUUUCCUGUGUUGCGACCAGCAGGCCAGAGGGAUGCAACAGGUGGCAAGACAGGGCAGGCCCCUGGCUCUCGAGCACCUUCUCCUCGGCUUCCCACCAAAACCAUCAGUGGGCCGCUUAACCCCCCAGCAUCUCCCAGACUAGGCAAUGCCUCCGAGGCACAUGGAGCUGCCAGAACCAUCCCUCCUCGCCCCAGCGUGCCUGCCCCACCUCCUCCCACCCCGCCCCCACCUCCCCCACCCUUACCCCCACCCCUGCCCUCUUCCUCUGCCAUCAAAGCUCCCCUAAUGUCCCCACCUGGCUCACAGACCAAAGGUAAUACCCUGGGGGUGGUCCCCCCUCCGCCCUUCACACCUCCCCCUCCGCCACCUCCCCCAACCCCACCCCCUCUUCCCCAGAACUCCAUUCUCAGUGACAAGAAGCCUCAGCUAGCCCCCUUGCAUUUGUCACCCAUACCACCCCCACUCCCUCUCCUCCCACCUUGUGGGUACCCCGGACUCAAUGCGGAUGCUGCCAGCCCUACUCAAGAUGCUCCGGAGCCUCCUGCACCGCCACCCCCACCACCCCCACCACCCCCACCCCCGCUUCCCCUUUAUGCCUCAUGCACCCCGAGGUCCUUGGUGCCUGUGCCCCCUAUGCCAGGCCCUAACAACAGCAGUGAAGCCCCACCCCCACUGCCCCCCAAGUCCCCCAGCUUCCAGGCUCAGCCACUGAAGCUCAGCCCACAAGCCUUGCCCACUCCGCCCGCGCCUCCUGGAUCGCAGCCAUUCCUGCAGAAGAAGAGGCCCGGCCGAGGCCCAGGCGCCAGUGGGGCGAAGCUAAAUCCACCACCGGCUCCUCCUGCGAGAUCACCCACCACGGAGCUUUCAAGCAGGAGCCAGCAGGUCCCAGGCUGGACCCAGACACAGCAGCCCGGGGGCCAGCUGCGGAACGGGAACCUGCACAUCAUCGAUGACUUUGAGUCUAAAUUCACGUUCCAUUCUGUGGAAGAUUUUCCUCCUCCAGAUGAAUAUAAACCAUGCCAGAAGGUUUACCCCAGCAAGAUCCCCAGAAGCCGGACACCUGGUCCCUGGCUCCACGCCGAGGCCGCUGGGCAGAGCUCCGAUGACAUCAAAGGCAGAAAUGCUCAGGGAAAGCCACUUGGGGGUACUGAACUCCCUACUGGAUGGCACUCAGGAUGUCAAAAUCUAAAGAGUGAAAGGGGUUCCCUGGAACAACCGCCACAUGCAGAACUGUCUCUGAAGGCACUCCGGUGAGAAGCCCGAGGAGCCAGCGGCCUGUGAGCACCUGGGGCCCCCCAUCUCGGGACAGGCCUGCCGGGAGAGCGCGUGUGACCUCACCAUACUCCAGUUCUAAUUCAGUUGACCACACAGGCUCCGAAUGGAGCGGUUAUUUAUUGUAAAUACGUGGAUUGCACAGGCUUUAAGUCAGUACCGUAGUCAACUUUUAUUUUUUAAGAAAACCACACUCACUGUUUCUCCCUUUUUAAAAAUACAUCUUGGCAUCCGUCUGUCAGUGCAGACAGAGCCCUGUCCCCACCCCCCAGUGUCCACCCCGGGACUGUACAUACGCUCGCAGGCUGGCCCUUCCUGGAGUCGGAACCGUUUUCAGAAGACUCCUUGGUUUGCAAGUAGCCCAACGUCACAGUAACCCCCGCAGCUUCUCAUUGGCAUGAUUUUAUAUUCUCAGCGCACAAACUGCAGAAUCAAACCAAAUAAUGCCUUAUAAAUGACACAGCUCGGAGAGACUAGUGUGUCCCCACACCAGACAGCGCCACACAGCCUCCAGUGAGCGAGACGCAGCGUCUCGUUCUCGUUUGCAAUACAGGGAUUGUUUUUGUUUUUGUUUUUGUUUUUUUGCUGCCUAAUGUAAAUAUAAUGAAAAGUCAAGGCAGGAGUGGGCCUGGCCCUUUUGUAACUGAAUGAUCCUACAAGUAGCCAAUGCUCUGUUUACAGUGGCCUUCAUGCCCAAGUCCCCGAGACUCUUCCUCCUGUCUCUUCCAAGUUCCCAGCCCCGUCCUGGCAGCCAGGGUGCAGGGCAGGGGGUGAGCUUUAUGAGAUUUUGGUAUUUUCCCUGCAAGUGAGAAACCUACAUAACUCAUUAUUAGAGUAAAUUACUAAUUCUAUCUCAGAGGUCUCUUUUUUCUUCCCCCCUGAGUGCAGGAUUUCUAUGGCAAGAUAAAGUAUAGACCCAAACGUUAUGAAAUAUCUGCCUCAAAUAGCUGGUGCCCCACCCCCAGCCCUGGGAACCCUGGAACCAUCCGCCAGGCAAAACCCAGCUCCCUUCUGAGCUGAACAAUGUAACUGGUCUGAGAGCCCCUGGUCCCUGAGAUGGCACCUCUGGAUGGGGUGGAGGGAAAGAGUGGUGUCCAAGUUCAGCCAGCCCUGAACACAGAGCCAGCCGGUCAGGACAGGCCUCUGACUGCAGCUCACACCCUCAGACUGGAGCUGGUGAGGGAAGGGAGGCUUGUGUUCACUUGCCACCUGACCCCAAAUAUUCUGCGUCCUUGGGGAGGAAGACUGUGACAGCGGAAGGACAGAAAAUAGAAGGAAACAGACUGGUCCCUGGUCUGUUAUCAAAAAAGCUGUAGAUUAAAGGAAACUGGGAGGGAAAGGCUGGAAGAGCAGUGCAAAUGUUUCCUUCGGAGCCUGCCCCGCCUGCGCUCACAGCUGGAGGGUAUCACGCCCAGCGGAAGCCGUCCAAAAAGGUAGACAGGAGGGAGGGCUCUGGAAACGUGACCGAGACUGCGCACACCUGCCUGUGGUCUGCCCUGGAGACUGAGAGGCCACCCAGCAUUAUUGUUGUGCUUCGUCCUUGCAGAGAGAAGCGCGUGAGCAAGGUCAAGUUCCCUUCUCUGGGGAAUAAACCAAGCCAAACUGUAACAGCUAAAUCAGUGGAACAGAAGUUUCUCCAGGGCACCAGCUCUGGGCAUAGCCGAUUAGUUUCAAAGGUUCUGCAAGGUUUCCACAAGGUCAGAAUUUCUUUAUUACGAUGGUAUCCACUCCGCCGCCCUCUCAGUUGGACAAAAUAAUUACCAAGGAUUUAAUGACCAGGAGUAAAAAGGCCCUAGAUGAAGGCAGUUCCUACAUAAGAGUGCUCUGCCCACCCCAGGGAGGUGUUUACACAUCCGUGCUGUGCAACGCUGGGGUAGAAAUUAAAAAUAAAACAACUCAAGGACAGAGAGAAGGAAGGAGCAGAAACCAUGCAUCACAAUUAGGGAGGAAUCUCGGGAAUCUGGCAUCGCGUUGCUCCUGGAGACCUGUCCCUGAGUUCAAGCCCUUUGAACUCUCAAGGCAAAGGGUGAGCCCUGACCAUCACCUCACACAGAGACGUCGGAGUCACAGGGCCCCACCGCCGACGGGACAGUCUCGGCCCCUGGGGUUUCACAGGUGUUUUGUAUUUAUUGACGUUCCUCUGCAGAUUCAUUUCUCUGUACCUAAUAAACUGUCCUAAGUGGAAA